AUGGCCAUGCGACAGCCAGACCCCGACAUCGACGACGUCCCGCCCCCGCCGUAUUCAGAGACGGACAUCUACUCUACCGCCGGGCGCAGCUCAAAUACCAACAACACCAACGCUUCAGCUUCACCGCGCAUCCCGUCCGACGAUGCCGCCUCGCGCGUCUCCUCACACGCCUCUUCUCACAGCGAAGUCAUCUACACCCCGCCGCUGACCCCGCGCACAAACACCACCCAACCGCACUCGCGCCACGACUCCUCCCUCUCCAGCGCCAACGCCAGCAUUGCAAACCACCCCGCAUCGUCAACGACGGCGUACUCGGACUUUUCGGCAGCAUAUUUCGCCUCCCGCCCGCCGCCGCCGUCCCGCUCCCCGCGCGAGCAGCUCGUCCACACAAUCGCCAUCACCCCCACAACGACCCCGGACGACGUCCCGUACGCGCCCACCUGGGCCGCCCGGGAUGUCACGCAGCAGGACUGGGCCACGUUCAUCAACGUCCUGAUCCCCCACCACGCCGCCGCCCGGAACGAGGCCGUCAUCAACCGCAAGCUGCAGGCCGAGGAAGAGGCCCUCGCCGCCGCUGCUGCUGCGGCAAAUUCUAGUGGGGACAGUGUGAGCGGGCAGAGUACCGGCAACAACAGCAGCAACAGCAGCCACCAUGCCUCCGCGCAGUUGGAGCAGAUCCGCUCCGACCCGGAGACGGACCCGGGCGCCGCGGCCGUGGGGGUGGGGUUGAGGAAGGAAGACGCGGAGGGCGUCGUCGCGCAAUGGAACGAGGGCUUCUUCGGUCCGAGGGGCAUGCUGGUUAGCUUGAGUCCGGAGGUAGAGGAGUUGCGGAUGCCCGGCGCGUGGGAUCAGUCGUUCGAUCGCAACGUCGACAGUCCCGCGUCGGCUGGAUCCGGGGGCCCCAUACCCUUCUCAGCACACGCUCACCAGGGAGCGGUCCCGCAGCAGCCUGCACCCUCUGGGUCUCGGAGCUGGAACUUUGCCGGUAUCAGGCUCAGCGAAGACGGCAUCUCCAUUGGGGAUAGGUUUAUAGCGGAUAGCAACGGCAUCAGGCUGGGGAGCUUCAUCGCAGAUGAGAGAGGAAUCAGAUUCGGGAACAAUCCCAACGCCGCUAACCCCCGCGGGCAGCCAUACGUCGGACAGCAAUGGCAUCCCGCCGCGGCACAACCACCAAUCUUCCCUCCUGGCCCCUCCACCCAAGGCCCUCACGCUCCGCCCCCAGGCCCGCCUCCCGACCACCCUCUCUUCCAAGCGCACCGAGGCGGAGCCCAUACCCGCGGCCGCGGCCGUCCUCCCGGACGACACCCCGCCAACCAGCACCGCUCCCCCUCCUCCGACUCCUCGUCCUCCGCCUCGUCAACCUCCUCCUCCGACUCGGCCUCCUCCGUCGGCUCCCUGCCCGACUACGACGACCUCUACCCCGCGCAGCUGCCCAUCUACAAGCAGCGCGUGGCCGACUGGCUCGCGCACCCUGAUCAGCCCGUGACGCGGGCCGAGGUCUCGCAGCUGCGCUCCGAGAUCCGCUCCGCCAGGUCCUCAGCGCGGGAACAGGCAUCGUCUGCUACAGAGACACCCACCGUUGUCGACGAGAGGGCGCUGAAGGCGGAGAUCAAGGCCCUGACGCAGGAAUGGCGCAAGCUCAAGCGCCAGCAGCGCGGCGUCCGCAGGGAGAAGCGCCGGGAGCGGCGGGCGAAGAGACGUGAGGAAAAGAGGGAGCGCAGGGAGCAGAGACGCGAGGAACGACGGAGCCGGAGGGAGGGCAGACGCAGCGGCGGCGGCGUCCACGUCCCGCCGCCGGUAAUACACGCGGCGCCGAUCCCGCCAGUGCCACCCGUGCCGCCCAUCAACCCCCAACCGCCAAUGACGCAUACGCCGCCGGCCCCGAACAUGUGGGGCGUCCCGAACGGGCCCCAUCAGUACGGCGGGGGAUUCCAUCCCUGGGCGGGCGGCUUCGGGCGAGGAUGGGACGGUCGUGGCCGUGGACGCGGAGAGGCUUUCAACGGUGGGUUCCCCGGGGCGUGGCCCGCGGCAGCAGAGCGAGGGGCCGGCGUCGAGCCGGCGUCGCCGAGCACGCCGCAGCCACCUUCAUCGCAGUCCCUCUUCGACGCCGUGAAGGACAUGGAGAAGGACCUAGCGCAGAAGGUGGAGGAGCUGGACAAGGUCCGUCUGGACCAGAGAACCGAGGAGCUGGAGAAUGCUCCCCUGGGGAGGGGCAGAGGACGCUGCGGCGGGGGGCGGGGCCGCGGGCAUGGUCGUUGGGGACAGAGAGGAGGAAGCUCAACUGGAGAGCAGACGGCGCAGCGGUUGAUUGAGGAGAUUGAUGAGAUAUCCAGGAACGUUGAGAAGCUCCGCGUCGAGGCGGAUGCCGAGUAUGCGCGGGAGCUAGCCGCGGAGGAAGAGAGAAAAGCCGCCGGGUGGUGA